AUGGCUGCAGGUAAAACCGGGACGUCAAAUUACCCAAGAACAAAGACCAGGUCCGAGGAUUUGGAAAUCGUUCCUCCCCUGGCGGUGGAAUUUCCAGAGACAGCGCCUACCAGCCCCGGACUAGAGCAGAGGAUAUCUUUCCUUCUCCACCAGGCUGGAAUACGCUGUGUGCUCUGCGGGGAGACGGCGAUGAGCAUGAUCGGUGUGCCGAUAGCGGCCCAUCAUUCUGCCUGGUCCAUACCAUACGCCGACCUUGCCCGGGCUUCAAAAGUGCUUCGUGAGGGCGGUUUGCCCGGAUGUCCGGCGGACGGACAGCGAGAAUGGGAGAUGAGGCAGUGUGCUUUACUGGAAGAACCGAGGGAGGGAAAACUCACCUCAAACAAGUACCCCUCCCCGGCGUAUCACUUUCAUACCGAUCAUCUCUACCCCCGUCAUCGGAAGGAUCCCAACCAAAGCCGCGGGGUUCUUCUGUACCCAAAGAAACUGCUCAUUUCCGACCACUACCUGGAUCCCCCACCCGGGCCCGCUUCCUACCCCCACGAUCUGGGUCGUUGGUAUGCCGAGGAGGGGCGGCGUAAUAGGAACCGAGGCGCCAGAAUGUACCUAACCACCGACGACUCCGACCUCCCGGAAAUGAGGCUCGGCAGCUUGAACUAUCGGGGUCGACAGUCUCCUAACCAAUACCCUGUCUACAUGCUUGCACCUCACCAUCAAGUUGAAAACCUAGCACGGUUGGUUAUCCGCGAUCGGAUCUCGGUAGUACGCGAUUGGUGGCUCCAGCAGCUCCUCUUGUGCAUGAGAUCUCUGCUUGUUGAUGAUGACGAGGAAGAGGAGAGGGUAGACUCGGGGCUUGCUUUGCCUUUGUGUCACAUUGAGUCGACUCCGAUCCGAAACUGGCUGGAGGAAAUAUUGUACGUGAACGAAUUGUGUAACGGAUUUGACGAACAAGGUCGUUGGAAUAUGAUUGGCUUGAGCAGGGUUUGUCUAGCGAUCGAGGGCAGAACCAAGUACCUCAUGCGCUUGGGCGGGAGAGGAUAUGUCUGA